ACUCAAGUCCAGAUUUUGCUGAAAUAGUUGAGAAAUCAGCCAUGCCUCCCAAGAAGAAACAAAUGACAUCAGCAGAAAAGCAGAGGGCUUAUAGGAAUCGUAUAAAUGCAGACCCAGAAAAGAGGGAAGCAGCCAAGGAGAAGGAGAGAUUAAGGUGGAAAGCUAGAAGGGAAAAGAAGAAAGUAAAAUACGUAGCAGAUAUGACCAAACGGGAGGUUAGAGCCACGCGGAGAAAAUGGAGGAUAGCCUAUCAUAAACGCAGGGCUGAAAAAGAUCAUUUGGCUUGGUUGGAAAAACAAGAAGCAGCAGUGUUGACUGGAACUCCACCGACAAGUCCACCUCAUAAUCUGCCACAGCAAGAGCCACAGCGACAGCCUGAACCCCAACCAGGUACCUCCGCGAAUCCCACUUCGUCACAGAAAAAGAGAGGUCGGAAGAAUGUUCGUAGGGACCGCACGGCCUGUUAUAGGAUUAAUAGAAAGUUAACAGAAAAGCUUGAGAAUGAAAAGCGGAAAAACCAGAAAUUACGCAAACAGCUCUCUCGGACAAAACUGAAAAUCAAAGUCCCAUUUGGACAGAACUGCAAGGAAGGCGAUGUAUGUGCUACCCAUUAUGCUUCACCACGGAAGAGGGCUCGACAAACGAUAAAUGCUGGACAGGGCUUUAUAAGAAAGGAACUGAUUUUCCAUUAUGCUCUCACUCAACAAAUAAAACAGGGCAAAGACACCUGUGAAAAAAAUCCGAAGCGGGCACAACUCUUCGCAAAGCUUUUUGGUUUUGGAAACAUCUUGUCAAAAUAUCGAUUGCUGACCAAAGCACAGAACACUGGUCUCUUGUCCAAAAAGCUGCUGAAGACAAAUGCUAAGCAAAGAAAUGAAAAUCUGCUAGUUUAUGAGAGAGCUAAGAAACGCAACUGUGUCACAGAUGCUGUAAAACAAAAGAUUCAAAAGUUCUUUGAAAGGGAUGAUGUCAGUUGGUGUGCUGCUGGUAAAAAGCAAGUCAUCACACGCAACAAAGUUAAGAAGCAGAAGCGUUUCCUUUUGGAAUCGUUGAGAAGCACUUAUAGAAAGUAUGUGCAUCUACAUCCCGUGAGACCAGUGUCUUUCAGCCAAUUCUGGAAACUGAAGCCGUUCUGGGUAGUGAAACCUAAAUUCGCUGACAGGGAAACAUGCCUCUGUAAAGUACAUGAGAAUGUCCACCUCUUGCAUAACAAGCUAAAAAACUUGGGGUAUUUAGCCGAAGGGUCCGCUGACGAGACAAUAAACCAGAUUGUCUGCAGCAGAGACAACAAGGGAUGUAUGUACAGGGACUGUGCAAAGUGCAAGCAUGCUGAGGUUGUUUUCAAUCAGACAAAGUACAGGCCAGGAUGA